AGCCUGCUGGUUAUGGAGCCUGUGAUGCCCAUUGCCUUUGGUGUGCUGCACAGUCCCAAAGCAAGGGCAGCCACUGGGGUCAGACAUCCUCCACUUUGAAUUAGCAUUCAAAAAAGUGGAUGAGUGGGGGUCCAUCCUGGUGAGGGACCACUGCUGGCAGCAGCUGACACUGCUGACAGGGACUUCUGUGGCUGCCUUCCAUCCAACAAGUGAAGCCUUGCCUGCAGAGCACAGCCCACAUCUCCCCAGUAGAUGGGCUGUUGCUGCAGAGGAGAUCACAGUUGGGGUACUGAGGCUUCUGGAUGUUUACUUUGCCCCAGUUUUCAUUUUCCAGAAGCCCUCUUGGAUGAUGCAGGAGCUUCUUCUAGAAAGAGGCUGGGGCCAGGUGUAACAUGAGAGGCAAGGGAGGAGGAAGCAGAUGGAAAAACUCAGUUUUGUGUGGAUGGGAAGUUAGUGUGAUUUCACAACCUUGCUGAUCUGCUAACUUUGGUUGUGUGCUACUCCAGUGCAGCCUCAGAGCCAAGUCUUCUCUCUGCCACGUGGAUUUUUCCUGCUGUUCUCCUUGGUUUGAGCAGUGUGCAUGUCUUUGCAUGGACUUGGGCAGUGUUUUCCCAUGCUACUAAUUGGGAUACAGGAUCAGCCUCCUUACACAAGCAAUGCCAUGAUGUUCCCCUGCUUUCUGUUUCUUUAUGUUCACAUUAUGGUUAGUUUUGCCAGUACUAACAACCUAUUCCUCUCUCAAGUUUAUUAGCAAGCACCGGGACUCUGUAAAGUGAGUGGGAAUUCCCCUGCCUAUAGAGGUACACAGAUCCUAAUCUUGGGGCUCUCACAUCUUGCAUGUACAUGGAGGGGGGCGCAGAAGGGGACCGUGUGUGGGUGUAUCCUCCUGGCCCAAGAACUGCUGGAGAAACCAGCUUUUGAUAUUUGUGUGAAUUAUUUUUUUUCUUGCUUGCUCUUUUUUUUUUUUUUUUGGUUGUCUUGUUCCUCUCUCCUGAUUUACUGCAUAUGCUCACGUGGCCUUGGAAAGGGGGGUUCUCAAACCGUUUCACUUCCAAAAGGAAAAGAAGCUGGCAGGCAUUCAUAUUUCAGUCCUCAAGUUAUGUAUGUUAAAGUCUCCCAGUGGGAAAAUGGAAGAUAUAAGAGAGCAGAGAGCUGGUGGAGAUACUUGUUAAGCGAAAACAGAAGAAAGAAGCACGUAACCCUAGAGCUACAUCCAGACAAAUUAGAGGUUUCAGAGGUGAGCAAUGUGAUAGAAAAGUGCCACUAGCACAUGAAUUUCCUGCAGAAGCUCCCUUUCUGCCAGCACCAACAUGCAGAGCAACUACUCUGUGGUCAUCACCACCAGAGAAACUCUCCAAGUCCUCUAUACAAUGCUGGCAAACUCAUCGGCUGCAUUGCGCUCUCUGCCUCCCUGCCCACUUGCCUCUUCGGAUUACCAGUUUUCAUUAAUUCCAGCAUUUUUCUCCGUGGUUUUUGUUCUGGGUUUGGUUGGAAACAGCAUUGUAGUUGUGGUGCUCUGUCGUCACAGUAGCCCCAAAACAGUUGCUAAUAUCUACAUUUUCAACUUGGCCGUGGCAGAUUUGCUGUGCCUCGUCACACUUCCCUUCUGGGCUACCUAUUACUCACAGAAGUACAACUGGCUCUUUGGAUCUCUCAUGUGCAAAAUCUCCGGUUCUGUCCUGUGCCUGAACAUGUUUGCAAGCACAUUUUUUGUUACGUGCAUGAGUGUGGACCGGUACCAUGCUAUUGUCCAUCCUAUUCGCUCUCAAAGAAGAACUCCACAACAAGCGUAUUUUAUAGCAACGGUUGUGUGGGGCCUUGCUGGUUUUUCCUCCCUUCCAACUUUUUAUUUCCGUGACACACAUUACAUUAAAAGCUUGGGGGUGAAAGCUUGCAUUAUGGCAUUUCCUCAUGAGAAUUAUGCGAAAUGGUCUGUGGGAACAGCCUUCCUCAAAAAUGUACUCGGCUUCUUCAUCCCCUUGACAGUGAUCACAACAUGCUACAUCUGGAUCAGGAGGCACUUGCUAAAAGCACAGAAGUUUGGGAAAAACAAGCAGAAGAUGGACAAAGUCCUGAAGCUGGUGGCUGCUGUUGUUGUGGCCUUCUUAAUUUGCUGGCUCCCAUUCCACAUUUUAACCUUUUUGGAUGCCCUGGCUCAUAUGAACAUUAUUAACAACUGUGAUGUGACAGGGAUCAUUGACACAGCACUACCGUUUGGCAUCUGCAUGGCGUUUGCCAACAGCUGCAUCAACCCUUUGCUGUACUGUUUUAUUGGCAACCAGUUUCAGGAGAAGCUCCAUCGCUUGUUUAAGCGACGAGUUUAUCAGUUCAACAGCCAACAAGAGAGUUCUUCUUUGAGGAAAGGGAGCUGCUUCAGAGACGCUGAGACCCCCGUGGGCAGAGAGAGGGGCCCUGAAUCCUUUCUGUAGACACUGGGUUGUGACAUGGGGCUGUGUCAGUACAGCUGGCUGCCCCUGAAGUGGGGACACGUUUUUCUCCAGUUCCUUUCAUUUUUUGUCCUUUCACUCACCAGCUAUGUGAAGGAGAAUCUGAGGAUUUAUUCUUCCUUCCUUUUCAUAAUGAGCACUAAAGGGAAGAUUCUGGCAAAUAACUGUAUUGAUGGCAUAUCUGCUUAUAUGUGCCUGAGAUCAGGCAAGUGUUUAAUACAGAAAGAUAAGAUACACCAGAGGAACAUUUCACCAUAGCUACAACUGUGUAGGUGCUGAGUAUUACACCCUGACUGCGCUGAUUUUCUAAAAGAGAUUCUCAUUAGGGAAUGUGUAAAUAAAGCAGUGCGGAUACUUCUGUACCUAUCUGUAAGAAAAUAUUUGAUCUUUAUUAUGUACACACACACACACAUAUAUAUAGUUUUGAAAAUAUAUUGCUAGAGAUAACAUAUGUUAAAUGCAUCAGAUAUACCUCCUGCUUGCUUGGGCCCAGGAUCCUGAGAACAGGUGGAGACAUGGAUUUGCAAAUUGCUGGAGGCAAAAGAGAAUUAGAGGGGAAUAGUCCUACCACAUGAAUGUUUUUAUACCUUUUUCAUAGCAUGUAACAGGUUUGCAAGCCGGGUAGUCCUUUCCUUUGGUCCACUGUGGUCACUUUUGACAGUAAUGCCCUAGGAACAGUCCUGGUACACCAAGUCCUGGUGCUACAUGAGUGAGAUAAGUUCCACACACUGUCCAGCAGCCUUCAGGGAAAGGACUUGCUGAUGGUCUGGACUUUUUGCAUUUCAAAUGUCACUUACUACUGUAUUUUUUGGGUACUGUACACAAAAACCCUAAAUGACUCUGUCUUGACACCCAGAAGCAAAACCAUGGUGUGAUUGCUAAGACUUGCCCACAUCUCAAUGCAUAAGCUUUCUCAUUUAUAAAUAAAAGAAAGGGGAAAAAGAUUGUGGCAAAUAAUGACUCUAUUUUGAGGUUAUGUUUGAUUAUUUGAAAUUUGCUUUUGCUAAAGAGAUACUGAUUCUAACCACCAAUGUGGAUCCUUCCAAAAUGAUUGUGUUUACUAGGCUCAGUAUAAAAUUUUUUAGCACCAUGCUCAAUUUCCAGCAGGCUGUCCCCAUGCUGGAGGACACAAGAACCAAAAGAUAGUUAGCUUCAGUGAAAUGUGUCCAAAAAGUUACCCUUGAAGCUUGUCUAAGCACUUCUGAGUCCAUAAAUCAGAAAUUAUACGUGCUGCCAGGGUAACAAGGAGUCUGGCCUCCCUGAAAAUCCCAGUGCUGGCCAGUGCCUGGGAGCCUUGGGAACAUGAUGCAGGAGCCAUGUAUCACUCUUAGAGCAGGGGCAUGUUGCUUUGCUGGUGCCCUUGAAAAUAGGAUUUUGCAAGAAAUCUGGCAGUUUCAGAGUGAUGUGGGAAGAAAUUUUGUGCAGAACUGAGCAAAAUGGGGCCUUCAGGAAUAACCACUUCUCCCUGUCCUGGUUUGGUGUUCUGGUAGUAGGGUAUGCAGCUGCAGAGAUGCUUAUCCCAGAAAAUGGAAGAGACGCCACUGUGUUUCCCCUGGAAUGUUUUUGUUGAAAAUGUUCCGACAAGCUAAUAGUGUCUGGGGCGUUGGAUAUUUCUGGAAGGACAAACUGUUAAUUGCUUAGCAAUGAACACAACAACACAGUCAUGCUACUGCAGAACAAAUAAUUAUACUAAUAAAAUUACCAGGUGUUCAAAGUGGUAGGCUCAGAGGUGUAAUAAGAGGCUGUAGAGCCUUUUUACCUUUGCUGCAGUACAGAUUAGGUCAGUAAUGAGCACAACUGUGCCACUAAUUGGCAUCUUGGUAGUCUCAAAACAAAAUACAAACUACAUGAACUGACCCCACUCCUACCUGUGCUUCAGCUGUAGCUGUUCUGGGCGUAAGUACAGCUUAUAUAUUUUCAACAAGUCAGUUUGGACCUGCUCAAAAAGAACAGUUUUCAUCCAGUCCUAUGCCUGUGCAAACCUCCACAGGUAGGAAAAUAAGACAAAAAUCUGAAAUCUAGCUGCAGUUAGAUUUACACCUGUGAGAGGCAAGGAAAAUGAAGAUAAAACUUCCCAGAGGAUAGAGCAGCAAUGCAGGGUCUCCCAUGGCUGCAGCUAGAGAGCAGAAAUCAAUGACUGCUUCUUGGGGCUGAGAGCUGCACUCUUUUCUUAGGAAAAAAAAAUAAUAAUAAA